UGGUACUGGGCUGUCUCGGUGUAGGCUGCAGCGAUCGAGCGAUUCCCGCGCCGCCGACGUCAUAGCGCUGCUGCUUCUCAAUACGUACGUUAUUAAUAUAGCUAUAGCUAUCGAGCACGCGCGCAUCUGCCAAGGUCCCGAAUGGAGCAGAAGAGGCAGAAAACGAAGAGCAGCACAGCGACGACUAGUGCAGCUGCUGCUGCUAGCGGCUUAUCGAUAUGCUCGUGCAGCACGAGCUACUACAUGUCAUAAGCACACGACGCAGCACUGCGGCCUAUUAUAAUACGACGACGACGAUAUGCGCCAGCAGAGAAAAGUAGCCGAGAUAUAGCAGACGCCAGGCAGUAGUUGGCCCAAUACAGACGUUACACCUGGUCGCUCGAGUCGCGCUAUGAGCCCGAUGACCAACACGAUGUCUACGUGCCAAUUAGUCGUUCUCGUUGGUGCGGACCUUUGGUACUCGUUGGCACGUUGGAGAAACGCUAUGAGGUACCGAGUCUUUGCUAGGCCUUGAGCUUCGACCCGCACACGCACCCUUGAUAUCGAGCUUGGAUAUAUAGCGAAAAAGUAAUAGAGAGAGAUAUAGAGAAAGAGGAGGGGACGACAGUCGUCGCCGCCGUCAUCGCACCGGUCUGCGCAACGACCAAUAAACAGCGAUAACAAUCCACGCAAGGGACAUGAAAAUAAGCAAGUUGACCCUAUUGGCGCUCAUGUUCGCGAUGAUGCUGUCGAUUUUCGUGGCGAACCUCGCCAAUAUCAUCGACUACUCGCAGGCCCUCGAGCCCGUGGCGGGCCUCGAGCGUCGCUACGAGGAUCGACCCCGCGAGUACGACAUCGGCGGCUCCUACGAUCGCCUCAUGUGGUUCGUUCAGAUAACGGACAUCCACAUCAGCAUUUUUCGGGAUCCGCUGAGGAUUACCGAACUCAAGGAGUUCUGUGAUGUAACCGUCGGUGCGAUAAAGCCCCAAGUCGUACUUGCAUCAGGUGAUCUAACCGACGCCAAAACCCUCGACAAAAUGGGCUCGAGGCAGUUCGUCGAGGAAUGGGUGCACUACAAGAAGGUCCUCGACGACUCCAGGGUCACCGAAAAAACGACCUGGCUCGACGUAAGAGGCAACCACGAUAACUUCAACGUCUACGACGAGAAGUCAAAGGAGAACUACUUCGCCAACUACUCGAUUCAAGGAGGCAAGCAUCCACGCUCGUACAUGCAUCAGGUGCGCCGUGGCUCGGAGCUUUACUCCUUCGUCGCGAUGGACGCCUGCCUCAAGCCAGGACCCAAGAGGCCUUUCAAUUUCGUCGGGGCGCUGGACGAGCAGGAGCUCGCGACGCUCCGAGGCCUCAUGAACGAGUCGCGCAAGAGCCAAGCGGAUCACGUCGUCUGGUUCGGACACUAUCCGACCUCCUGCAUCGUCGCUCCGUACAAGGGUGGCGCGCGAGCUUUCAUUGGCAGUUACGAGGAGAACAUAGCUUACUUGUGCGGCCAUUUCCACACGCUUGGCGGCUCGGUGCCCAACAUGUACAGCCUGCAGAAAGCUGGCUUUCUCGAGCUGGAACUCGCCGAUUGGAAAGAUAAUAGGAUGUACCGACUGGGAGUCAUCGAUCACGGCCAAUUUUCGUUCGUCGAUAUCGAUCAUCGCGACUGGCCAGUCGCACUAGUCACCAAUCCAAAGAACGCUCAAUUUGUGAUGCCCCGUAAGGAAAAAUUGCAAUCAAUUAUUGACUCAACUCACAUAAGAGUGCUGGCUUUCUCGAUCGCAGAUAUCAAAUCUGUGCGGGUUAAAAUAAAUAAUGGCGACUGGAUCGAAUGCGAUCACGUAGAAGGUCCUCUAUAUGUGACAAAUUGGAAUACCUCGGAUUAUAAGACUGGCAUUCAUGACAUUCACUUGAAAGUUGUAGAUGAUGAAGGUAGAGAAAAAACGAUAACGCAGCCAUUUUCCUUAGAUGGAAGUCGAUUGGCAUUUCGUAUUUUACCUAGAAUUUUACUUAUGUAUGACAUCGGUUGUAUAUUUCAAAUGUUUUUCUUGAUACUUUUUGUAAUGGUGAUAUUACCUUUAUGUAUUUUACGUAUAUGUCAUCAUACUUUACAGUCUGUCUGUGGUAUGAAAGGACGACCAAAGUCACGUGUAAAAUUAUUUAACUGGUGGCUUAGAAGCCAUUGGAUUUUAGCAACUGUUGAUCGUUUGUUUUUCCCCUUAGUUUUGUAUGCUGUUUAUUUACUGUUUGGGCCUUGGAUAAUAGGAGAAAUAAUCGACAAUCACACUGGAGUAGUGUUUGCGUGGGGAACAUAUGUUGGAAAAGCCUUUUUGCCCGGAUCGUUUACAUACGCCUAUGGGUUCUUUCAACUACUUUCUUUUCAUUUACCAUUGACUAUUAUGGUAGCGCAUCGUGUAAAUAAAAGGCUACAAAGUAUAGAGAAUCCUGAAACAAAGUCAACAAAAUUUUACUGUAAACUGUGGGAACAUGUGCCAUUUAUUUUUUUAAUUCUUCUGCAAUUAAGCAUGAUAUACUUUUUCUGGCUUGCUUAUGGAACCAUAGCAGCCAUCCUGUGCCCCUUGCGAACUUGGAGUAUGUUACUUGCUUUUUAUCUGUGGUAUCAAGUUUAUAAAAUGCCUAGAGAAUGCCUAAGGUCUGCUGCUAAAGUUUGGUGCAAACAUGGAUGUUUCGAAGAAAAAAGUCGACGCAUCAGCCGAAACGAUUGAAAGUACACUAACAAAUGAAAGCAAUACUGUACAAAAACUUUGAUAUUUUUUAAGUUAUUUUAUCUAUCCAAAGUUAUACAAACUCAAAGUAUCAAUGAUUUCGCAAUCAUGUAAAUUAAGAUAAGCAAACUGUCUUCUUAAACUGUUGUAAACUCUGACUAUUUAGUAGAAAAAAUGUUUUAUCGUUUAAUUUUCAAGUUUUACAAAAGUGUUACAAAUGAUACAAUUUGUAAAAAAAACUUGAGAUUAUUCAAUAUAUUAUAAAACAAUUAGUUUUAAUGAAUCAAUGGACUUUAAUGUGUGCUAUAAAAACAUUUUUUUGAAGCAUUUUAAUGAGACUAAAGAUGUAUUUUAAUAAUCAUAAAACUACUUAAAAUCAUUCAACUUUCAUGAGAUUUAAUCUUACAACUUCAUUGUAAUAGUUAUAGAUGUUCGUUGGAGCAUUUUCCUCUCACCAAAAAUGAUAUUUUUUUAACAGAAUGUAUUAUACAAAAUGUUUAGUAAAUAAAUGUAUAUUGUGAAUUAA